AUGUGUGGCGGAGCGAUCCUCGCCGAGCUCAUCCCGGGCGCGCCGGCGCGGCGCGCCACGUCCGGCCAUGGCCACGUCUGGCCGGGCAAGGGCGCCAAGCAGACCAAGGCCGCCGCGGCCGACGACUUCGAGGCCGCGUUCCGGGAGUUCAACGAGGACUCUGAUGUGGAGGACGACGUCGUGAUGGUGAUGGAGCGGCGGGAGGAGGUGGCCGAGAGCAAGCCCUUCGUGUUCGCCGCUUCGCCCAAGAAGCAGCAGCAGGAGGAGGAGGAGGCGGCGCCCGUCCGCCGCAGGAAGCCGGCGCAGUACCGGGGCGUGCGGCGCCGGCCGUGGGGCAAGUGGGCCGCCGAGAUCCGCGACCCCGUCAAGGGCGUCCGCGUCUGGCUCGGCACCUUCCCCUCCGCCGAGGCCGCCGCGCUCGCCUACGACGAAGCCGCGCGCGCCAUCCGCGGGCCCAGGGCCAAGCUCAACUUCUCCUCCUCCUCUGCCGUCGCCGCCGCGGCCCCGGGAGCGCGCAAGCGCGGCCGCGCCGCGCCCCCCGCUGCCAAGCCAGCGCCGGUCAUCACCCUCGUCGACGAUGAGGAGGAGCACGCGUCGUCCUUCGUCAAGCACGAGGCCGAGGCGAGCGAGGGCUCCGAGUCCAGCGGCGCCCUCCCCGACUUCUCGUGGCAGGGCAUAUCGGCGUUCGACGAGGCCCCGGCGUACCCCGCCCCGGAGCCGGAUACCGAGCAGCUGACAAAGCGGGCGAGGACGACGGAGGCGGAAGACACCGACGAGGGCAUGUCGGCCCACCCGGCAUCCGACUCCGACUCCGACGCGCUCUUCGACGCCCUCCUCUUCGCCGACCAGUUCGCCUUCUUCAACGGCGGCGCCUACGAGUCCCUCGACAGCCUCUUCAGCGCCGACGCCGUGCAGAGCAGCGCCACCGCCACCGCCGUGAACGAGGCGGCCCUGGGGCUCUGGACCUUCGACGACGACUGCCUCGUCGACGAGUGCAGCCUGUCGUUCUAG